AUGACAGACAAUUCUACACAUGCCUACAUCUCUUCUUUCUUCCUGGUUGGUAUUCCCGGGUUGGAAGACUUUCACUGCUGGAUUGGCAUUCCUGUCUGCCUCAUGCUUGUCCUGGCCCUGAUGGGGAACAGCAUAAUCAUUGUCACCAUCAAACUAGAGCCUAGCCUCCACCAGCCUAUGUAUUUCUUCCUUUGCAUGCUGGCAGUGAUUGACAUGGCUCUUGCCUUUUCCGUAGCCCCCAAGAUGCUUGGUAUCUUCUGGUUGGAAGUUCAUGGGAUUGACUUUAAUAUCUGCCUAGCACAAAUGUAUUUCAUUCACACAUUUUGCAUAAUCGAGUCAGCCCUCCUAGUUGCCAUGGCCUUUGAUAGGUAUGUGGCUAUUUGCAUCCCACUGCAUUAUACCACCAUCCUGACAACAACCAUGGUCAUUAUAUUGGGUCUGGGUUGCAUGACCCGAGCUACACUUAUGGUUUUACCCUGUCCUCUUCUCAUUAAGAGGCUACCAUAUUAUACCCAAAAUGUCAUCAAUCAUACCUAUUGUGAGCACAUGGCAGUGGUGAAGUUGGCCAGUGCCAACACUCUCAUUAACAGAGCAUAUGGAAUCUCAGUGGCCCUUUCAGUGAUGGUAUUGGACCUAGGGCUCAUAGCCACAUCCUAUAUCAAAAUCCUCCAGGCUGUCUUUCAGCUCUCUUCCCAGAAUGCCCGCUCUAAAGCACUGGGCACCUGUGCUGCCCAUGUCUGCACUAUUCUUGCCUUCUACACACCUGCACUAUUUAGCUUCCUAACCCACCGCAUUGGCAAGAAGGUCCCCCCAAGCGUCCACAUAAUUUUUGCAAGUUUGUACCUUCUGGUAGGCCCCGCAGUCAAUCCCUUGGUAUAUGGUGUCAAAACCAAGCAGAUUCGUGACAGAGUGAUGGGUCUCUUCUUUCCAAAGAAGAAAAUUCAUGAAAAGUGA